UCUCUCUCUCUUCCUCUCCCAGAUGUCUCCUCAUCCUCGCUGCUCGUCACUGGGAUUCUGGUCGCCGUGGGGAUGAUCCUCCUCAUCGCCAUAAUCGGCCUCGCCAUCUACUGCAUCCGCAAACAGAACCGUCUGAAGGAUCCAGAACUUAGUGAUAAAAAUGGCCAGUACCUCAUGGGCCAAGGAGUGAAGGUGUACAUCGACCCGUUCACCUACGAGGACCCGAACGAGGCUGUGCGAGAGUUUGCUAAAGAGAUAGACGUGUCCUGUGUUAAGAUCGAGGAGGUGAUCGGAGCAGGUGAGUUUGGCGAGGUGUGUCGAGGGCGCCUGCGUGUUCCUGGUAAAAAGGAGAACUACGUGGCGAUAAAGACUCUGAAGGGCGGUUACACGGACAAGCAGAGGCGGGACUUCCUGUCUGAGGCGUCAAUCAUGGGGCAGUUCCACCACCCCAACAUCAUCCACCUGGAGGGCAUCAUCACCGCCAGCUGCCCCGUCAUGAUCAUCACCGAGUUCAUGGAGAACGGAGCUCUCGACUCCUUCCUCAGGCUGAACGACGGUCAGUUCACUCCGAUCCAGUUAGUGGGAAUGCUGCGCGGGAUCGCGAGCGGUAUGAAGUACCUCUCGGAGAUGAGCUACGUCCACCGCGACCUCGCAGCGCGCAACAUCCUCGUCAACAGCAACCUGGUGUGUAAAGUGUCAGACUUCGGGCUGAGCCGCUUCCUGCAGGAGAACUCCUCCGACCCGACGUACACCAGCUCACUGGGCGGUAAGAUCCCGAUUCGCUGGACGGCUCCGGAGGCCAUCGCCUUCCGCAAGUUCACCUCCGCCUCCGACGUCUGGAGCUACGGCAUCGUCAUGUGGGAGGUGAUGUCAUUCGGAGAGAGACCGUACUGGGACAUGAGCAACCAGGACGUGAUCAACGCUAUCGAGCAGGACUACCGCUUGCCGCCGCCCCCUGAAUGCCCCUCCCACCUCCACCAGUUAAUGCUGGACUGCUGGCAGAAAGAGCGAACGGCUCGCCCCAGGUUCGCCAACAUCGUCUCCGCCCUCGACAAGCUGAUCCGAAACCCCGCCUCGCUCAAAAUCACCGCCCACGAUGGCGCAGGGCCGUCUCACCCUCUCCUGGACCAGCGCUCCGCUCUCUCCUCCUGCAGCUCGGUGUCCGAGUGGCUCAGGGCCAUCAAGAUGGAGCGCUACGAGGAGAGCUUCAUACAGGCGGGAUACACGUCCAUCCUGCUAGUGACUCAUGUCACGGCCGAGGAUCUCCUGCGGUUGGGCGUGACUCUCGCUGGUCAUCAGAAGAAAAUCCUCUCCAGCAUUCAGGCCCUUCGAAUCCAAAACAAGAGUCCCAAUAACAUCCUCUACUGACUGCUGUGGAACACACACAUGCACACACGGACACACACUGGGACACAUGGACAUAAAACACACUCAUUUAUAGACUCGGCUCUUCCUGUGACGUGGACCAAUCAGGACAGGACUUUGUUUGCUGUCCAAUCAGGAGCUGGACGAGGACGCGGAAACGCUUCCCGUUUAAGAGACGCUUUGAAGCGAGUGUGAGGGUCGCCAUGGCGACAGUACAGCAUUUUCAAUAAAGAGCAUCAGAAUAAAAUUAAAAAGUGCCACGUUUUUGGUGGAGGACUUCCACGCCGUGUUCUGCAUUCAGAGUAUUUUUCUAAAGGAGUGUGUUAUCGGAGAGAGACGUGAGGACAAUCGGACGAGGAGGACCGGCGGGGACGUGCCCAAGCUCUGGCGGUUCUCCGCACUGGCAAUCUCGACCCUCUACUCUCGUUAUGCACGUAACACUCCGGGGGGGAUUUGAUUACUUACCGGUAUCUGCAGUGUGUCCUGUGCGAUAUGUCUCUCUCUCUCUCUCUCACACACACACACACACACACACACACACACACACACAUACUGUCCCCCAGUUCACAGUUUGAAUUGUUAUUAUCAGUAAUUUGAUCUGAUCCCUCGGUCUGUUUACAUGUUUUUACAUGCGUCCUGUUAGGACGAUCUUCUUCCUGAUCAGAUUAUUAAUCCAGAUUAUACAGAUACGGCAUCAGUUAUCCUGAGUUUACAAACAUACACACACACACACACAUACGCACAGUGUUUGAAUGUAAAUCAGUCGUUCCUUGUUUCACGUCUUGUUACUGUUUCUGUAGCCCCGCCUCCAAAUGAUCACAUGACCACCAAGCGCUGUGGUUCUCAAAGCAGGGUCCGUGAUUUAUAUAUACAGUAUAUAUAAAAUAUUUUUUUCCUUUUCUCAGUUUUGUACCAGUUUGUUUGUGUUUGUUAUAUUUAGGGGUCCGAACCCCGCGGUCGACGCAGACCUGACGCAGUUUAGUGGUGAAGGUGUUUAGCUCACAGAGAAAGGGGAGACGUGAAAAGGGUG